AUGUCGUCAUUGGCGGAACUCCUGAGUGCCCAACCGCUAUUCGACGAAGAUGGUGACUGCAUCGAGGAAGACGAGGAGGUUGAGCCCGAAUAUGUCGACCUUGAGGAGUCCAGAAUGGAAGAAAGAUAUGCUACAACCAACGUCAAUAUGGAACGUUCUUCUGACUCCAUUGAAGAGCGAGGAGUCAAACAAAUACCAUUCAGAGCACCUACUACCGCGACCUUUCCUCCGCCUUUCCACAUCUCAUCCUGGGAUCGAGCAAGGGCAAAUCACGCUCAGUGUCCACGAAGCAAGCGACCAGACAUUCCCGAUGGCAUGAAGGCACUCCUCGACCUAGCUCUUGACGAGGGUAAAGAACUGCUUGUACAGCUAAAGCUCGGCCUCAACGAUGCACAGCACCACAUCUUCAAGACCCUCGCCGUCCGAGUCAGGAGAGAAUACGCUGCCGUCCAUCCAAAAUCCAAAUGGGCGGACAUCAAUGUAUCCUGGGGCGCCUUGCCUGUACGAGCGAAAGCCGACGUCAGACGUAUGAUGCUCAACCUAUGUAUUGAAGCGAACCUAUUCCCUCCUACCACCAAGCGAACUGUGAUAGCAGCUGGUAUCGAACACAGGAUACAUAUGGUGCGGCGCACCUGGCAGGAUACGAAAAAACGGUCGCCGAAAAGAAGCAGCGAUUGA